UUUUCGCUGUAAAUUUUUCAGAUUGGGGACCUUAAGGGUUUUUUCGGAUUGGUUAUGGUCAUUAUGCAACAACUGAGAAUUAAAUUGAAAGUAUUGGACGACUCUUACGGAAAUGGAACUGGUUGGUUAUUUCAUCCCUGCUACUCUAUCCCCAGCUAAGUAUAUUAAAAUUUCACACUACUUUUUCACGUACCAGCUAAUACAUCGCUCAUAUAACACCAUGGAAAGCUUCUAGCAUUGCAGGAGACGGAUAAGCCGUACGUUAUCAAGGUUUUGGAAGAUGGAGACCUUCAAACUCUUGGCAUGACAGAGUAUGACAAGAGAUUGACCCACUCCUUCACUGCCCACCCAAAAGUUGACCCUGUUACGGGUGAAAUGUUUACAUUUGGGUGUUCGCCUAUGCCACCUUACCUCACAGACAGAGUGAUCUCGAAAGAUGGCAUUAUGCAUGACCCAGUCCCAAUUACUAUCUCAAAGCCAAUAAUGAUGCAUGAUUUUGCUAUUACCGAGAAUUACGCAAUCUUCAUGGAUCUUCCUAUGCACUUCAGGCCAAAGGAAAUGGUUAAAGAGAAGAAAAUGAUAUAUUCUUUUGAUCCCACAAAAAAGGCUCGUUUUGGUGUUCUUCCACGCUAUGCCAAGGAUGACCUCAUGAUUAGAUGGUUUGAGCUUCCGAACUGCUUUAUAUUCCACAACGCCAAUGCUUGGGAAGAAGAGGAUGAAGUCGUUCUCAUCACUUGUCGACUUGAGAAUCCAAAUCUUGACAUGGUCAGCGGGAACGUGGAAGAAAUACUUGAAAGUUUUAGCAACGAACUGUAUGAAAUGAGAUUCAACAUGAAAACAGGCUCAGCUUCUCAGAAGAAACUAUCCGCAUCUUCAAAUUAUUUUCCCAGGAUCAACGAGUGGUACACUGGAAAGGAAAAUAGAUAUGUAUAUGGUUAUGGAACAGUUCUGGACGGCAUCCCAAGGGUUAAAGGAAUUAUCAAGUUUGAUCUGCAUGCGGAAGCUGAGACAGGGAAAACAAAGCUGAGAGUAGGAGGCAAUAUCAAAGGGAUAUAUGAGAUGGGACAAGGUACAUAUGGUUCCGACGCUAUAUAUGUCCCGGGCGCGACAGCCGAAGAAGACGAUGGCUACUUGAUAUUCUAUGCUCAUGACGAAAACACAGGAAAAUCAUGUGUGAAUGUGAUAGACGCAAAAACAAUGUCGUCUGAGCCAGUCGCAGUGGUGGAGCUGCCACACCGGGUCCCAUAUGGUUUUCACGCCUUGUUUGUUACAGAGGAACAACUACAGGAACAAACUCUUAUUUAAGCCAAAGUGGUGCACACAUAUAGACUAUUCCUGAGAUGCCAAAGUCAGGAAAAAUCCUGGAAAAUAUAAAGUUCAUCUACCAUUUGUUUUAACAGCGGUUGUCGUUUUAUUGAUCAAGUUAUUCCAAGUUAUGCAAUAAGGCAAAUUUUUGUUAACUAAAUAUAGAACUUAUUUAACCAAACAAUCGUUUUUACAUAAAGUGUAACGUUUUGGGUAGUGCUUUGAAAAUUUACAUAUCCAGUGCUUUGACAA